AUGAUUUCAAUGAAGGAGAUAGCUUGGACAAGUCUCCCGAAUACCAUGGAGAAUUUGAGUUGUUAUCAUCUGCGUCACAAGUUCCAAUCAUGGAAUCAGCCUGCUGCAAAUGCUAAGAAAGGUUGCCCGCCUAUAGACUUGUAUUGGGACUGCCCCUUCAAUGGAAACUGCUAUGAAACAGGUGUCUCCAUGUCAGAUACUUCCCAAGUGUCUCCAGCACCUCUACUUUGGUCGGUAGGAGCGAGCAAAGGGCAUCUUUCAAUGGCAGACAUUGAAAGAAUGGGCACAACAUCUCAAGAUGUUCUUGCACAUGACAAUUUCCAAUCUCCAGGAAAGCAAACUCGCAGUUUCUGUUAUGUGUCUGACCUGUUGGAGCUUGAGCAGAAAGCUAAAACUCUGCACAAAGAUAUCAUGAAGAAUUGGAUGUGGAUCUCAAGAGAGAUAGAAAGCAUCAAUGAGGAUCAUUGGAUUAUUGGAAGUUUGAGAGGUGAUCAGGAUUCCAUCCACUAUAUGUUUAGGGAAGCGCUAAAAGCGGUUUUUGAUAUGGACUUCGGCGACGUCGACUUUUCUAAGUUGAACAUGGGAGGGGGUGACGACAGCUUGGGUUUUGAUACUGCAAGCGAUGAUGAUGAUGAUGAGAGUGAUUCAGAAGAGGAAGAUACAAAGGAAGCAUCUUCUGGCAUUGCGCUAGAUGCAAAAGACACUGUAAACAGCAAUGCAAACGAAGCACCUGACACGAAAGCAUGA